AUGGCGGCUCGAAUAGAGUUAGCUCGUCGCUAUGGACCUCAUCCAAAUUUUGACGCAUUUCUUGAGUAUUUCAAUACUCAAAUCCGAUUGCUUCGCGAGUUUCAUGAUGAAUAUAAAAACACUCCCGAGGAAGAGAAGAACUAUCCGGCUUUAAAAGAAAAGCUAGUCAUGUGCCGCGUCGAAAUUGACCACAUGGAGAUUGGAUUGGCUAAUUGCACCGAGCAUAUGAUCUAUGAAUAA